CAACGCCAUGCACGCGGGAAGCGGCAUACACCGACGCUGCCGUCAGAGCCUGGCGUUCCUCGUUCAUGAGGCUGCCGUUGUAUUCAACCACGCCAAGCUCGAGACCGAUGAACUCCUUGAUUUCCAAGCCCGCGGCAGGGCGUCGUCCACCUGUUGAAUGGAGUGUUGUGCGGGUCCGUGCAGCGAGGACCCUGGGCGGGACCAGCUCCGACAUGUUGGUGACCAGUCGCAGCCACCGAUCGACUCGCCGCCCCAGCAGGACAGGAACGACCCAGUGAUCCAGGCAUUUACGAAGAUACCGCCGAGCAUCCAGUUCGUGAGGUGCACGAAAUCGGCGGGCGACCGCCGCCUGCCAGCCAACCCGGCUGUGCCGCGGGUGGGCUACGUCCAAAAUGCUGGGGUAGUCGCCGAGAACCGCCCAGGCCUCGUUCAGCGCAGCGUCGAGGUUGAGGACGCAGCUGUCUGUCGCCCACGGGCCCCAGGUCCGCCUGGGCCAAAACGGGUCAAAAAGGGCGCACGCCUGCUCACCGCAAGCCCGCCGUUCCAGGAGUCCUCGUGCAGGGCGACAUGUCCAUCAGCUCUUUGGGGAACGCAGAGAUCCUUAGAGAUAUGGCCAUCUCCGGCGGCAUCCAACCCCAAGGGCCUGGAAACAGAGCCUGCGCCGCGGCCUCCUCGCAAACGGCGAACCUCUUUGGCAAAAUAUCCACUUGCGCGCAGAACAUGACCACGGAAACAAUAAACACUUAGUACGCAUCAAGCGAGAGCAACGAACCCACCCCGAGUUUUCCCCAGAGCUUCGCCCUCUUCAAGAACUUGGUCAACGUUCCGUCCAACGUCCUAGACCCUCGUC